CUGUAUUUGAGAUAUCUCGGCCAAAGGCAAUGUCUUACCCGAAUAGCAAAAGUGUUCUUGGUCCUUAUAAAAAGAUAAUUUUACCACCACAAUUUGGCAUCCCUCAAAUCUAUCCGUUAAAUUAGUUGCACGUUUGAUAUUAGUCCUACUGCAAGAAAAAAUCUGGGUGACUUCUGUCCUCCAUAACCAUCAUCUCACUUGCAGAUGUAAAAAUGGCUACUUCUCUUUCUCAUCACCUCUUAUACAUUCACUCUUACUCCCGCCAUUACAAUCACCUUCAAGCUUCAUCUUCUUCUUCCGUCCAUCCUAUUUCUUUCUUCAAUUUUGUUUCCUUUAAACGAAACCCUAAAUUUUGUUCUCGUUCCCGACCUCUAGCCAAAUCUAAAACCCCUAAAUCUUCAACUCCUUCACCUCUUUCUUCUUCUUCUUCUUCUUCUUCUUCUUCUUCUGAUUUUCAUCUUCCUCCACUUCUUCGCUUUAGAGAUGCACUGAAUUUGGAUGAGCUUGGUCGGGAUAUGUUGUCGAUUGCAUUGCCUGCUCUUUUGGCUUUAGCUGCUGAUCCCAUCACAUCUCUUGUUGAUACUGCUUUUGUUGGUCAUUUAGGGUCUGUCGAGUUAGCAGCUGUUGGGGUGUCAGUCUCAGUAUUUAACUUGGUAUCAAAAUUGUUUAAUGUCCCAUUGCUCAAUGUGACAACAUCCUUUGUUGCUGAAGAGCAGGCAUUGGCUAGCAUGCAAAAUGAAAAUUUUAUUCAAGCUGGCCAAGGUUACGGAGAAAAGAAAAAAGCCCUUCCUUCAGUGUCGUCGUCUUUAGUGCUUGCUGCUGGCCUUGGGUUGGCUGAAGCUGUGGCACUUACAGCUGGAUCUGGAUAUCUAAUGAAUAUCAUGGGUAUAUCUGUUGAUUCACCGAUGCGCCAGCCAGCUGAGGAGUUCCUUGCAAUGAGAGCUUUUGGUGCUCCACCUAUUGUCAUUGCACUUGCUGCACAGGGAACUUUUAGAGGAUUUAAAGAUACCAAGACACCUUUGUAUGCAAUUGGAGCAGGAAACCUACUCAAUGCAACCCUAGACCUGAUCUUGAUAUAUUUCUUUGGCUUUGGUAUUAGUGGUGCUGCAAUAGCCACUGUAACCUCUGAAUACUUGAUAGCCUCUAUCCUACUCUGGAAGCUGAACGAAGAAGUAUCUCUUACUUCUCCAAAUAUUGAUGGUAGAAGAUUUCUUCAAUAUCUUAAAUCAGGAGGGCUCUUGAUUGGAAGAACUUUAUCAGUUCUUGUACCCAUGACAUUAGCUACAUCUAUGGCAGCAAGAGAAGGUCCUGUACCAAUGGCUGGUUAUGAAAUUUGUGUGCAGAUAUGGCUGACAAUAUCAUUAUUGACUGAUGCUCUGGCACUUGCUGGGCAGGCCCUUCUUGCUGGUGGUUACUCCCAGGGUAACUAUGUGCAGGCACGCCAAGUUGUUUAUAGAGUGCUGCAGAUAGGUUUUGUAAUUGGAAUGGGUUUGGCAGUCAUUUUGUUCCUUGGUUACGGAGGGCUUCUAAACUUAUUCACAUCAGAUGCAGAAGUCCUGAAAGUUGCCUGGUCUGGUAUCUUGUUUGUUGCUGGAUCGCAGCCGAUGAAUGCAGUUGCAUUUGUUUUUGACGGACUCUAUUAUGGGGUUUCAGACUUCGAAUAUGCUGCCUACUCGACGGUUGUUGCUGCGUUGAUAUCAUCAUUAUUUUUGUUGAUUACUGCUCCUGCUUUUGGUCUCCCUGGUAUCUGGAUGGGGUUGUUUCUGUUUAUGACCUUCCGUGUAAUAGCUGGAAGUUGGAGGUUGGGCACAAAGAGUGGACCAUGGAUGAAGGUUUGGUCCGAAACAGAUUAGGGGAAUGGCCGACAGGGGCGAAUCUAGAACACUAGUAUAAGGCUCAGAUGAUGACCGAGACUUAUGGGCGAUGUAUAUGCAAUAAUGAAUCACUUAAUGAACUACUUAUCGACUUUGAUAUUGGCAUAUUUGAGCCCAAUGUGACGUGUUUCCAGAAUUUCAUCGGACUUCUGGAGCGGAUGAACGUUGAUACAAUGGCAACAUAAGAUGAAUCAACAUUUUCACAGAUUGAUGUUGGUGAAUAAUAUUGCUGAGCAUUGGGAUCUCAAUGUUACAGCUCUCAAUUGUUGAAUGUAAAUACAUACAGAAAAAUAGCAUCAUUCAACCAUUAUUUUUUUUUUGUCCAUUGCUUCUUUGUACGCAAUUGAUUUCAUUGCAGUCUACCAAAAUUGUCACUUUAACAUCAGGAAUGGAUGAUGACAAUUGACAUAUUUGCAAUGCAAUUUUCUAAAAUUUGAAAUAAUAAAUUUGUUUUGCAUGUAUGAAUGUAUAAA